AUUUCCUGGUGAUAAGAAUGUCUCCAUGAGACAAGAUUAGUCUGCCUUCUGAAUGGUUAGAGUUGAACGAUGAAGUUGAGGUUAUGGAGGGCGAGGUUGUUUUUCGUGACUCAGUCUGACAUUUCGGGUUAUUGUUACUGGUUCUCUGGUGGGAUUGGAGAUCUACCAGAGGAUUCCUCCUGAUGCUGUUUAUUCCUUGUCAUCCUCUUGGUCGGAUGAAAACAGUGAGAAACUGGUGAACACGACGUGGAUGAAUUUAUUAAUUUAUUAGUUUGUGGGUACGUGAGGAUAAUUUAUCGUGGGGGCUGUGGUGUCGCCCUUCCGGGGGCGAUUGGUUUCCUGAUUGCAGUGGCUAUUGAUAUGACUUGGAGAACGUGAAACCAUUGUUGGGACAUGAGGUGUGUGGGUGAUAUUAUUCAGGGUUGACUGGUCGUGUCAUAAACGCAUGGGAUCAUGUAUGAUACGUUCUUCCAACAGGAUGCCUGGUGUUACUGGGUUAUAUCCGUUGCUGCACUCCUCUCCUUCGUGGGAUUCGUCGUCGCCUGCAUAUGCAGUUGUCGACACAGCGAAAACAAGAGCGAGUUCUUGGGUCUUCCUGGUAUGGUGACGAUGACACGUGCUGAUAACGAGAUAUUCGAUCGACAGCCAACCAUGGAUUACAGUCAGAUUGUCGCACUGGAUGCUGUAGACUGUGGAAAAAGGACUAGCACAGCAAAUCGCAGCCUCCCAGAUAUUCCUAAGGACAGGAAUAUCACCCUGGGGGAGGGAGGCCUGGAGGCUAAUCCUCAGGAUGUUAUUUACGAGGCUGCGGAAAUCAUGGGGGACCCCUCAGAACUGUACGCCACAGUGCAAGACAAAAAUGUGAACCGGAGCAACGACAGAGGGACACGUGCAAUAUCUCAGGAGUCGUCAUCCCUCCAAGAGGAUGACAGUGCCUACCCAUACGCCAGACUAAAUACAUUAAAUUCGACAAACGAGGAGCACCCAUACGCCCAAGUGCAAAACGUCUCGAAGCCGGAGGUAAAUCGUCAGAGCAGUUUCCGAACGCCAACUAGUCAGACCUCAUCGCACCCAGGUCCCUCGACAAAUCCCCCAAACCCCAUAGCACCUCCACGAACACGUCGUUCCUCCUCCCACAACUCUCUCCUCACCCUGGACUCCUGCACAGACAUUCAGGCUGCAAACGCAAUAACCGGUGGUGUUCAAGCGAAUCAAGAUCUUCCCUACAUGACACCGCCACUCCUCACACUCCCCCGAUUUCCCCAGCCCCAGGCAACACCCCAGCACUUCAGCGGUGAUUCGCAAGACUCCAAGGGCUAUACCAGCAUCUCAGUGCGCGAGCCCCUCGCCAAUAUAAUAGCCCAGACAAAAGCCGCCCGCCAGAAUCGUGGAAAUCGGUCAGAUUCGCACUACGCAACAGUCUCUGACGAUUCAGAUGAGAUGUACGCGGCAAUUGACGAGCAGGAGAAGAUCUACACGAGUGGCAGUGAAACUUAUGCCCAGAUUCAACCGAUGGUGGAGUUACCGAGGGUCCAAGAUCCACCAGUGAGUGUUCAACCAUUGAGAAUUGAAGAGAUACUCAAUCCAAUGACUCUACCAGCCCCUCAGCCUCCAAGUGUUGAUUCCCUACGUCAUGUGGCACACGCCCACUCGAGACAGGCGUCCAGCUCCAGUGCAACGAGCUCCAUAAUCAAUCCUGGAUCACCAAAGCCUGAAAAACGUCAGGCGAAUUCUCCCCUGCCACCUCCACCCCCUCCACUUCCCUCUGGAGGUGAGGAAGCCACCGACGUUUACGCCCUGAUUGAUAAAUCUGGAAGGGGUGAGGAUGGCGCCAAGCACCUGGAGGCCACCGUGGGAAAAUCCCUGGAGGAUAUGUAUGCUAAAGUAAUGAAGAAGAAGAGGGAGUCUGAGGAGGAUUUCCCCAGUGACAGCGGACGUGUCAAGAAACAAAGUGUCAUGGAGGUCAGCAGGGCCUCGUGGUCCAGUCACGACUCUGUGGAGAUCCAGAAGAAGGAGCCUGAGGCUGUCAGGACCACCAACGUAUCACCAGAGACUUUUAAUAUGGAUUCCAUUGAGUUUGCCAAAGUCGCGAGAAUUUACGAGCUCGAUACCACCCCUGAGUACAGCUUUGAGGAUCUCACGGCAAUCAGGGCACAGCCUCCCAAUGAUCCCAAUUAUGAGAUGCUGAGGCCUCAGAGUCACAGGGAUGAAGGGGGAUUGAGGAAUGGUGUGGAUGUUCUUCCUUUUUACUCGGUGCCAUUCAAGCAUCGACAGGUCAGCAAUGCCAGCUCUGAAGAUCCUGGGUAUGAGAAGGUCAGGAUCAAGAGGAAAAAUUAUCCGGAUGGCGACACUGACUCUGAGCCUAAUUACGAGAGUAUGCCUCAUGAGGUUGAGCCUAAUUAUGCGUUUGUCUGCAGGGAAGACAGUGAUACUGAUCCUAAUUACGAGUCUGUUAAUAAUUCUGAUCCUAAUUAUGAGAGUGUCAGGUAUUUGGGGGAGGGUAUGGAGCCUCCUUAUGAGAGGGUUGAUGGGGGGAAGGGGGUGGAUGGGUAUGAGAAAGUUGGGAAUAAGGUGGAGGCGAAUUACGAGAGAAUUCAGGGGAUCGUCGAGACUGGGGAUACUGACGAUGAACAGUAUGUCCAGGUCUGAGGGAAUUGGGAAAAGUAUUUAACGAUUUUUUGGAUCAAAGAUGAUUAUUGUUUAGGCGAGGAUUUUUGGAUUAUGGUUUCAUGAGGAAUUAUGCAGAAGCAUCCGUUUAUAGUACAAUUUAUUUCAGUAGAAGUGGAAGUGCAAAUGGGAAUUCGACGGUUUUGUGGCGAUUUAUCUGGGGCACUGUUGGUUUUAAGGGAAAAUUGCAAAAAAGAUUUUUUGCUCGGCGUUUAAUUAGCUGGAAAAAAGUCAUUUGGAGUUUUUGUCUUGAAUUAAUAUUUCUCGGGAUAUAUCGACAGUUGUCUCAUUUUGCCAUUAAACUGCCGAUUUUUUUCUCGUUGAGAACUGUAGUUAGUCGAUAGGGAAUUCACCGACAGGUGUUUUAGUUAGUGCUUAUUAUUCCUGGGAUUAGUUAUCUUUCUAUUGCCAUUUGUUUCCCACUAUUUCAACCGGUGUUUGAAUAUUUAUCGUAAUUUUUUAUAUUGUAAUUUAGAGGAACGUACAAGAGAUUAAGAACGAGAGGAAAUUUUUCGAAAUGAGAUAAUAAUAAAUGUAAAGCACUGAGGAUAAGACUGAUGAAGACUCGAAGUGAGAAGUUUUUAUUGGAAAAAAAAAUGGAAAUAAUGGAGAAAUUUGGAGCAUUUCGUCUUUGGAAAUCGAUCGCAAGUGUGUAAAUAUUAAUGAUGUAUUGUCAGGUACAAAGAUGGUCUGAUUGACUCUAAAGGCAUUAAAUUAUUUCUAUUUAUUUAUUGAGCCAUCAUGCAUUCCAUGGUAUUGAACUUUCAAAUGAAAUCUGGACGGAAAAACGAUUAAUAGUAAAUGCAUAUCCAGUCUCUCGAGGGCAAUUGCUUUAUUCAAUUGAGACGUGUAAUUGUCACUCUCGAUCGAAUCUCGUACUACUAUCGAUACUGAUCAUUUCGAUAAAUAGAAAUCUUAACUCGCAGUAGAUUGAACGAAAUAAUAUGUGAUGCUGACAAUUCGCUCAAAACUUAUGGCCUGACGUUGAAGGAGGGGCACGUCAUUGUCAAGUGCAAUCUCAUCCAACGACAAUGAUCGACUAAUCAAAUUUUAAUGUCCUAUUCAUUCUAUUUUUCUUCAAGUCUUUUUGUACGUACAGAUGAACAAACGAAUGAAAAUUACACGGAGAGAAUAUUCAGUACUGAAGCCAAGUUACUAGUUGACUUAUGACAGUUUUUUGAAAAUAUCUUCGAAAAUAAAAGAGAUAGAGACAUUUGUGUCGUAUACUUUUUAUAGCUCUCGAUUAUCCCUUCAAAAAAGGUGUUUAUAGUAAUUUUAUUAUUUCCCUUAGGUUUGGGGAUAUUGUCGAAAAACUGCCCAGAGAGCUUAUUCUAUUCUUUUUAUGCUUCAGUACAGAUGUAAAUAUAUUUCCGUACACGAUAAAUUCCAUCGGACUAAGAUGACAUAAGCUUAUUAAUUAUAUUGUGUGUACGUACAGACGCACAAUAUUUUAUGGCUCAUCAAAUUUUUGAUGACGAAUACCGGAGUAUUUCACAUUUAAUUGUAACAGAAGUAAACAGUAAGUAAAACGAAUAAAAAUUUUUUCUUAUUUUGGAAAUAAAUGAUUUUGAAAAAAAUGAUAA